CGCUGAGGGAGAUCUGAGGAGAUUAAGGUCCGGCCAGUCUCUGAUCUUUCACUCCGGUCUUCUUCAGCUCUUCAGAUCUGGUCCACUGUAGACUGUAGUCAGUCCUGUGAGCGGCUCAUUAGCGGUCAGUACGGACUAAACGGUUAAGACUCCUUUCGCCUUUCCGCGAGGUCUGGUCCACAGUCUAGUGUGAGCGCUGUGCUUCUGGUCGAGAGGACAUGUCCCGUAACACGCAUGCGCGGAAAGGGCGCGACCGUCAGCUCAGUUCGCCUGUGAUCAUGAAUUCCUGCAGGACUGGUCACUACACGCUGCCCUUAUUGCUGAUCACAUCAUGUCUGAUCACUACCCCUCUUCCUUUAGUGAAAGUGAAGGUCAAUCUCCAUGACUCUGCUACUCUGCCCUGCUCUGAGAGAUGCUCUGGUUUGGUCAGAUGGACUGUGUUCAGUAAUCCCACUGAUGUUCUGGCUGAGUGUGAUCAGACUUCAUGUGGAUCAAAGGAGGGAUAUCAGAUGAUUCAUGAUCAGUACCUGAAGGGGAAUCUCUCUCUCACCAUCACCGACGCUGAUUUCACUAAGAGAGCCCUGUACAUGUGUGACUGUGAUGAUAAAGGUCUCUGUAAGGUGCAGCUUCUGAUUCUGCCAUUGCGUACUUCAGCACAGAUAAAGCCCGGUGAACCUCUGAUCAUGCAUUUGGAGAUACCAGAAGAAGUGGAGGUGAUUUAUGACAGCACAGGGGCAGCUGGACCAUCCAGUGGUCAGAUCUGUACAGUGGAUGGACGAUCACUACAGUGUAAACCUGAAUACACACGGAGAGUAUCUGCUGUUCUUGAGCUGAGAGGAGUGACUCCACCUGACAGUGGAGUUUAUACUGUAAUGGACAAAAAGAAUGAAGAGGCCAUUCACAUCUACACAGUGACCGUGGGGUCAGCAGGGGGAAGUGAAUUAAAGGCUGACCAUCCAGAUGUGGACACAGAUAAAGGAGCUGCUGUUCCAGUGUGGGUUUUUGCACUGGUGGUCACUGCACUUGCAGCUGUGAUUGUGGUGUUAGUGGUGGUGAUUGUGUGGCUGAGGAGAGAAAACCAGCAGCUCCAGAUGAAGAAUAGAAGCAAUCAUCUUGAAAUGAGUGGAAACAGGAACUACAAUCCAGAAGAAGUGAGACUGUCCCCCUCCAGUAAUGACCCCGAAACUGUGAGAGAUCAUCACUAAUCAGUAUCUCUCUUUUUUGCCUUUUUCUGGUUCAAUCCACUUUUCUCUCCUCCAUCCUCUUUUAAUGGAUUUUGAAAAGGUGCAAACAAAACAUGGAUGGAAAAGACCGAAAAUCCAUGAAGUGCCUCAUGACACGAAAAUAUCACAGAACUUUUUAUUUGUGGAUGAAGUGGAAGAGUAGGUUUGUUGAUAAAAGAGAAACAUGAAAAACAGUCAAGGAAACAGAUCUUUUAGAAGAAGUGAUGAUGUAGUGGGAACAAAAGUCACGUGUGGCACUGCGUCCUCUAGGACUGCCCACUCCGCUCCGUCCAGCAUCUCUGAACUGUUGGAGCUUCAGCUGACAGAGGACUGUAAAACUGCUCUACUGAGACACUAUAAAGGCUCACAUGCUGAGAGAGACUCGUC